GCCAGUGUCCUUUUCAGUUCACUUCGUAUACUCGUUGAAAGCUGUACACGCUACGGAAGCGACGGUGUUUUACGUUCGCCCCUUCAACUUCAGACAAAACGGUUGGCAUUAAAACAACAACGACUCCAACAACAAUAAUAACAACAGCAACAAUUUAAAACAACAAUAAGCACUUGCCACAGCACAAUAACAAGCGUCUUUGCCGCCGGCGAAUUCUUAUUCAGUGUGAAAUACAACAACAACAACAACAACAAAGAGAAAAGAAAAAUCGCGAAAGCAAAGAAAAGCUGAAAAUAAAUUUCAAUAGAGCCGCCAAAAGUUCAUGCUCCAAGUUCAAAACAAAAGGCGGCGCGUGUACGUGCGUGUGUGUGUGUGUGUGUUGGUGUGAAAGUGGUGUCGAUGCGAAUGCUGGCGAAUAUCCUUGUUUAUCCUUGAAAACGCAUUUGUGCGCGUUGAAAAAUUACUGUGCAUGUGAAAGCCAGCAACAAGGCGGAAAAUUCGCCAACGCGUCGUCGAGCGUCUUCUGCUCUAUCUCCUAUGCGUGUGUGUGAGGCAUCCUGCAUCAACUGCACGCAGAGAGACUGAAAGAGACAAGCAGGAGGCUGCAACAGCGCGUCAGUCUGUGCUUUAAAUGUUGCCGCUGCCUGCUCGAGAGAUUGUCAGGGCAACAACUGUGUGAACGCAACUAAAAAGUUAGCAGUUGGCAUCAGCGACAAAAAGUGAAAGCGCAAAGCGAAAGCGAAACGCAUUACCGGAAGCGGAAGGAAGCCGAGCAGGGACCAGAAGGCAACGCGGCAACUGAACGGCAACUGAACGAACGUACGGCAUCAGGCAGGCACAUCGUCACCAAGCGGCAACUGCAAUGUGCUGCCGCUGCAUUGUUGUUUUGUUAGCAUUUUGACCCAAAUCGCAUGCAACGCGCGUGUCUCGCACUUUGUGUUAGUUUGCGUGUGUGCCUGUGUGUGGGUGUUUCUCUGUGAGUGUGUGAGUAAAAUGCAUGACCGAUAAGCGCAGGUGUCAUUGCCGUGUGACAAAGUUCCGUGUGAACAACAGAUAAAAGUCGCGCCAAGCGCUCAAACAUAAAACAGCGGAAAAGCAAAGAAAUCCCCGAGCGGAAGAGGGAGAGUGUGAGCGGGUGAAAAACAAGGAUUAAAGGAUACUACGUAGAUAAACAAAAUCUGUUAAAUCAACUCUCUCUCGUUCACUGCGUGUGUCCAAAAGUUGUCGCCGCUGACACGACCACGGCUACGGCUUAGGUGCAUCUCGCCGACGACGAAGCAGCUGCCACAUUUUGAGCCCGAAAGGAGUCACAGACAGCUUCUCACAUUUAUCAACAUUGACAAAGCUGACAACAGCAGCAGCUGUGACGGAAAUCGUUAAGAGAGCAAAGAAAAGGUCUCCCAGCAGACGGAAGAAGUUGCUGCUUGAAAAGACAUUACACAUUGAAAGCGAUUCAUCAUCGACGUGACGCGUUUGCUGUUGCUUUUUUUGUUGUUGUUGUGGGAGAGAAACAAAAAAAAGCGAGUGAAAGCAAAAAGAGCCACUACAGCAAAUUGAAUGUAAUUUCAUAAAAAGCGAGUGUUAAUUUUUUGCUGUGCUACACAAUAGCAACAGCAACAGUAGCAAAAGUAGCAACAGUAGCAGAAGAAGCAGAAGGAGCAACGGCAGCAGCCACAUUGCCACAAUAGCAACAAUACAUACUCGUGGCUUAAUGUGCUAAUGCGCAGUGACAUGAAAAAUGAUGGAGAACAUGCAAGUUUUGCCCUGUCGCCCAACAGCAGUAGCAAAAGGAACAAACUAGCCAACUUAUAGUAAAAGAAAAACGGCAGAAAGAGGCGAACAACGAGCUGCAAAUUUGAUACAUAUAGAAAAGUCUUUUCGUAGUGUGUUGGUAUCGUUGUCACGGCUGCCAUAGAAAACGAGCACAACUGGCAACUCGGCAAUAGUGGCAAUAGUGACAACAGCAGCAACAGCAACAGCAACAACACGAAACACAUUGACAAGCGACAACAAAGCAACACAAAAAUAAAGAAAAGGCUGCGCUGCACAUCGAAGUAGAAGUAGCAACAGCAACAAUAACAACAGCAACAACAGCAACUGUAACAUCAACAGCAUCAUUUAUCAGCGCAUCAGCCAGACAAGCAGGCAUAGCAUAUGUGUGUUAGGGUGUUGUGGUAUUGUGAACGCCAUUGCUGAAAGGAAACAGCGCGUUCAUUCAAAAAGCCAUUAACCCUAAUAAGCAGGCAACACAACAGCAACAGCAACAACAGCAACUAGAAAAGGAGCAACUGCAGCACUCAACAACAGCAGCAGCAGCAACAUCAUCAGAACGCUACGCAUCGCAUGGCAUCGAUGUGCCAUUGUCUGCUCCAGUUGUUGUUGUAGUUGAAGACGCCCAGCCACAACAACACAAGUAGAGGGAGUCGCAAUCGCCCCGCUCCCAGCGCAAAAGGAGUUGAAGUUGCUUCAACACGUAAACAGAGAGGGUUGCCACAAAUGUUGCUGCCACGGCUGCUGCGACAGCGGCUGCUGCAUGUGCCGCUGCAUUUAAUGGAACUGCGAAUAUUGCUGCUCUGCCUGCCAACGCUGUUGCUGGCCACCACACUGGAGCCAGACCAAAAGUCAAUACUCACAGAUAACGAUUGGAAGAAGCUAUGGAUGCGCGGCGGUAUAAAUGCCGACUCAAAAUUGGAUAAUAAUCUCGACUCCAGCGACAGCCCUAUGUUCGAGGACAGUGAGCUGAUGGCGCAUAACACGACCGUCCAGCUUGGUGGCACCGCCUUUCUGGUCUGCAAGGUCUCCGGCGUGGAUAGAGUGGGUGUAAAUUGGAAUCAAAUUUCUUGGAUACGCCGACGGGACUGGCAUAUAUUAUCCUCCGGCGCCCAGCUCUAUACAAACGAUGAGCGUUUCGCGAUACUGCACACGCCCGGCUCCAACAUGUGGACGUUGCAGAUAAAGUUUGUGCAGCGCCGGGAUCACGGCAUGUACGAGUGCCAGGUCUCGACACCAACUGGCAUCAUUUCUCACUUUGUGAAUCUUCAAGUGGUUGUGCCCGAAGCCUUCAUACUUGGCUCCGGUGAACUGCAUGUCGACAUGGGCUCAACAAUCAAUUUGGUUUGCAUUAUUGAGAAGAGUCCAACACCACCGCAGUACGUGUACUGGCAGAAAAACGACCGUCUCAUCAACUACUAUGACUCCAGGCGGGACAUCUCCAUCGAGACCACACCGGGGCCGCGCACGCAGAGUCGUCUUAUCAUUCGCGAGCCCCAAAUCACCGACUCCGGCAACUACACCUGCUCUGCCAGCAACACCGAGCCAGCUAGCAUUUAUGUCUUUGUAUCAAAAGGCGACAAUAUGGCGGCAAUCUCACGUCGCAAAACCUCCUCGGCCGAUCGCAUUACGCACAUAUUUAGGUCGAUGCUGGCGCCCUGUCUCCUGCUAAACACGGUCGUUGUGAGACGCAUUUUCUUGACCUAAGCAACUUAAAUCAGAUACAAAAUCAUGGCGCAAGCGAAACAAAAAUGGAAAUUUAGUAAAGUACUCAUAUGAUGAUAACAACACAACAAAAUCCUAUUUAAGCUAUUUCAAUGUUAGAAUUUAAAUAAAAUAAAAUCCAAGAAAAAAUUAAAUAUAAUACCUAUACAUACAAAUAAAUAAUUUAUUUAAAGAAAAGAACAAAAUCGACAUUUACAAAAAAAAAAACAGAAAUAAAAAUCUAGCGUAAAUCUUAGGCUAAGCUCAAUAGAAACUGUGUAAAAAUCAACAUAAAUCGAAUCACAAUCUAUUCAGACUUAGAUUCAAUGUAUGUGUGUGUGUAUGCAAGGCAUUUACAACAACAACAAAAGAUGAAAAAAGUAUGAAAAACAAUAAAAUGUUUAGAUACUCGUAAACAUAAGUUUAAGUUGAGUUUUUAGUAAUCGUUUUACAUAAUUGUGUACAGUUUUUUAAUCACCCUCAAAUUUGUAAUUCAAGGUAAAUUCAUUUCUCCAGAGUUUCAUUUCAAGUUAGUUUAUGGCUUUUAAAUUCGUUAGCUUAUACAUAGUUAAUGCUUUGCCUUCCCAACAAAACAACAACAAUCAUUGGCCAUUCUCUGCAACAAAUUGUUUUGGAAAUCAAUAUGUUUUGUUGGGUCUUAAGCAAAUGUUUGCAUCGCUGACAGAUAUAAUCUCAAUGGAUCAAACUUGCGACCGCAUACAGAAUAAUUAUAUACAUAUAUAUUCGAGAUAAGAACAUUUUGCAUAAGUAGCCAAUUUCAGUCCAUACCAAUCGUUAUUGCAACUGUUACCAAUUAUCAAUUGAAUAAACCCAAAGUCUAUAUAACAACAAAACAAAAAGAGAGCAAAAGCCAACACAAAGUAAAAAAAAAAAAUUAUAGUAAUUAAUUGCGUUAUUAAGUUUGUAAAUAAAUUGUAUUGCAAAUGGCAUGGCACACACGACAAACACAGAAAAAAGAGAGAAAUUAUUCAUUGUAAGUGUAAAUACAUAAAACCAAAAAAAAAAAGCAUUCUAGCACAACAACAAGCAAAACAGACACAAAGAACUGAAUGGGGGGAAAAAGAACGGACAGCAGCUGUGCGUGAAUAAGGGUAUUCGGAGUGCGAGCAGCUGUCAUUUGCAUGUUGUAAUAAAUUGCCCAAAUCUGAAACAUUAAGAGCCUACACAGACAGAUCGUAGCUAUAGCCAUGAAUCUAGCCAUAAGUUUCAGCAAAUCAGCCAAAACCGAAAAUCAGAGAAUCAGACAGACAUGCGAAGAGGCUACCUUUAGAUGUUGCUGCUUGGAACGAACUAGUAAAAUUGAAUCAUUUAGAAACCUUAAGCUAUAGAGAUGCAAGUUCGAUAUAAUUCUAAUCAAAUUGAAGGUUCAGACAUUUUUAGAUACCAGGAUGACGUUUCCUAACUUCCUUCACGACAAAACACCUGAAGAUUAGACAAAAUCAUCUAUGUUAUCCAACAUGUACAACUUUUCGACUGUUUUUCAUAAGCAUUAACAUCCAUAUAAGCAUACAAAAGAAAAUCCAAAAUAAUCACAUAUUUGUGUGUUAAACAGUUUACAAAAAGAAAAAAACUCAAAAUAAAUAAAUAAUUAAAAACCAAAAAACAAUAAGUACAUUUACAUAAAGAAAAAAACAAAAAAAAAACUCUACUAAAGACCCAUAAUAAACAACUGUUAAAAAUUUCAUGAUAUUUGAAUAGAUUCAUUAGUGUGAAAAGCAGAAUACGAAAAAUUAAUAUUACUAAUAAUAGUAAACAAAAGUAAUAAUAAUAUCAAUAAUACGAAAAUAAAGCCGAAAUCAUUGCGUAACAAAAAAACCAA